ACAGCCGUAAUUUGAACGCCCGCCCCACUAUAUACCAUGCCACCUCACCCCUAAUCCUCAACUAAUCGGUUUUUCCACUUCUUUAACUCCAAAUAAACCAACGGAAAUUGAAAAACAAAAGCCACUUCUUCGCCAGUCCUCCGCCUCCCCUCCUCUGCUCCUCCAGCGAAGCGCACGCACGGCGCGCAGGCUGAGCAAGGCAACCGAAGCGAGCGAGGUCCUUUGCUUCUACCCGCGGCAACGCCCCAGGCGCGCGCGACGCGUCGAGCUCCGGAGGCCGAGGGCGAGCACCAGUGCGGGAGUGGAGGAGAGGAGGUCUCCGCUGGACGACUGCACCCCCACCCACUCGGGGUCAGGGUCCAAAGCCGGAUCUGCCUUGGGGCUCGCGCCCGCGGCUGGUGGAACGGACUGCUGGCUGACGAGGGCUCCGAUAAUCGACGGCGGCGGUGGAAUGCCGGUGGAACACCUGUUUUUCAUUUUUGAUGAGGCCAUGAUAUAUGUUCCAUCUGUUCUGGAUGGAAUUUGACUGCAUUCUACUGUCUCUAAAAGAAGGGUACCAGGCUUAAGAAACCAGAAAAAAUGCCACCGUCACCCUCACCGAGGACAUCAAGGUCUCCUGCACAGGAGACUUAUCAAAAGAGGACAAACAGUUUCAGAAAUGUGCUUCCUGCAAAAUCAAAGGAUGAUGAACUCGCUUUGUUCUCUGAUAUGCAGAAAGUUGAGACGGACAACUUCUUACUGGAACCGUCAGUGGAUUUUGAUGAUUCAAUGAAAAAAUUGAGAUAUUUCCCGGAAGUAAAACUUGGUGUCAACAUUCCUGCCCAUGGAGAAAGCCAUGAAUUGCUUAACACAGACGGCGAUAAAAAUGAUUAUGAGUGGUUAUUAACUCCUCCUGAAACUCCACUUUUUCGAUCUUUGGAUGACGAAGAAAACCAAUCCAUCACUCAGGUUUCUAGGGGCAGAGCUCAGAGCAAGCCUAUACAAAUUUCAAGAUCAUCCAUGGUAGAUAAUAAUCAAAGAGCUAGUAGAAGCAGUGCAAGCUCAAGUAGGCUUAGCCCAUCGCCAUGCUCUAUGGGAAGGACAAGAUCAUCUAGUUCAGCUUCUCGCUCUAGUCCACCACUUGCUGAAACACAAACACCAUCACGAAGAUUGUCAACCCCUCCGAUUGCUAAGACAUUAACACCUCCUCGAAGGUCUCCAAGUCCUGUCUCAAGAAGGAUGAGUACUGGUUCAAGUGGCCCAACUUUGAAUGGAACAAGAGGAGCUUCACCAGUGAAAUCUAAUCACAGGUCUUCUUCACCAAAGCUGCAUGGAUGGCAAUCAAAUGUUCCUGGUUUCUCUUUCGAUGCGCCUUUGAACCUUCGCACAUCUCUAACUGAUCGUCCAGUAUGCCGGUCAAGGGGUGGAUCGCCUUCAUCUUUUAGUGGACUAGAAAAGGGUUCAAGAGGUAGAAGACUGUCAAUGUCUCCCACUCCACCUAGAAGAGCCAGUUCAUCUCACAGCAUUGAACGGGACCGAAUGAGCUCUUAUAGCAAAGCUUCUGCAACAUCAUCUGGUGAGGAUGAUCUGGAGUCUAUGCAGUCUGUACCAAUUAGCUACUCCAGUAGCCCAGUUGUGAAAAAGAGCUUGGUUGUGAUGAAAACCAGAACCAUUGCAUCAUCAAAGAAUCUGUCCAAAAAAUUGACACCUAGUUCUGUCCCAAAGCGGUCAUUUGACUCUGCACUUUGGUUAAUGGAUCAUCGCAAAGCUCCACAAGAUAGGUUUCGGCCACUUCUAUCAGGUGCCCCUGCCAACACAUUUGGUGCUGGGAAUGGAAAUGAUGUGCACAAACCUAUGUUCUCACACAAUUCUUCUUUGACAACUAGCAGCACUGCAAGCUCUUACCAUGGUGCCACUUUUGGCUCUUAUAUGCAUGGCAGCCAAGAACAACAUGAUUUUGCUGGUGAAUGGGAAGCAGAUGAUAUUUCUCAGGGUCAUGAGGAUAUAUUUAUGUUUGAUAAAUUGGAUGAGCUAAAUGAAGACAUUCAUUACAAGAGCAUGGAAUCUACGGAUAAUUCACUGGUAAUAGUAAAACAUCUAGUAAGUGGCAGACAGGACUUGGAAGGAAGCAGAAGACCUAAUCAGUCCUUAUGCCAUUCUACUGAUAUUUCUCAUGUUAGCUUUAAGGCUACUUGCUCUAGAUGUGGGAAGUUUUUCGAUGCGAUGGAUGUUGAUGAAGAGGGUGUCUAUUGUGAUGCAUGUGCUACAAAGGAUGGGAAUAUCCUCACCAGUCCUAUUGUACAAACUAUAGGAGAAGAAAACCAACAAUAUGGUAAAACUGCAAAUUUGAAACCUUGCAUCGCAUCUGAUUCUCCUGUACCCACAGAUUGUGAAAUCUAUAGCAAAGAAGUAUCUCUUGAUCAUCAACUAGUGAACAAUGAAUCUUACGCUGAUUGCCUGGACCAGGCCCCUCCAAUUCACUCAAUGGGGCACACACCUCAGGAAAUGCUACUGGGGCAGGAGGAAAACAUUGACGCUGAGCAUAGAAAUAAACAUGUUGGGGAUUCGUUAGGAAAUACAAACGAUAAUUCCUUUCAUCGAUCUAGUGUGGAUGAAUGUGAACAAACAGAACCAACAUCUGUAGGGCAGGACCUUUUUAUCAUAGACCAAAUGAAUAACCAUAAUCGUGGACUAUCCCAAUGUAAUGAAAAUGUCUCUGAAUCUGUGACCUGUGACAAUUCUCAUCAACUGGGAUCAACUACAUAUCAGAACCCUAAGCUUGAAACUACCGAGGAUACUGGGAUAUCAGUAUUGUUAGUCCCUAAGCCCAACAGUAAUAAAUGGCCAAAUAUGCUCUGUUCAGAACCCUAUUAUGCAAGAGAUGGUGUCAGUAUGAUGAAGCGUAGCUUUGGACUGGGCAGCUCUUCAGCUGCUUCUUCCAGUGAUCUUGGGUCUUCAAGACAGUCAAUCAUAUGUUUUGAGCGCCUUAGGAGUGGUAAGAAGGGUGACUUUGAGAAGUCCCAGAUAAGCAGUACUAUUAGUUGUCAAAGCAUUGCUUCUGUGUCAGAUAUGUCAAUUUGUAGCUCUUCAGCUUCACUUUGCCCUCAGAGUGAUGCAGUAGGAGAUUCCUGUUUCCCAAUUGACACUUUGGAAAGCGGCACUUCAGGAACUCUGAUCUCUUCUCAAGAAAAUGAUGAUGCUUUUUGUAAGGAUACUUUGCCAAGUGCUAUGGAAUGUCCGUCUUCUUCACAGUUUAUUGCUGAUGAUGACAGUCCCGGUGACAUGAAAAUCCAGAGCUACUUAAGUGAGGUAGGAUAUACAACAGUUGAGAACCAUAGUGCUUGCAGAAUGACUGACAUGGAUUGUACCAGUACAAAUAUGUAUUCUUUAGAUACUGAAAUGCCAAGUGAUACCCUAGAAUCAUCAGGCCCAGUGGAAAGUAGCAUGCCUGAAACUGAAGAGGAUGCUUACACUAUCAGUCAGUGUAAUAAAGGUAGUGCUCCAGAACAUUCAAGUGAUGAGAAUAACUUUGAUAAUAUUCAAAUGCAGUCUGAAAUAGUUCAGGGUUCAGCGGAGGAAAACAGAUUGGAUGAUUGUUGCAUGUCUGCUAUCUCGGAGGAGGACGUAUUGAUUUCUGGACAAGAAGAUGACAUAAGGAAUCUUCCCAAUGAUGAAGAAUUAUGUGCGGAGGUAGAAGGACCAAGGAAACAAAUCCAGAGAUGUUUUACAUUGGAAGAAGCUGCUGAUACAAUUCUCUUCUGUAGUUCCAUUGUCCACGACCUUGCAUACAAGGCUGCGACUAUUGCGUUGGAAAACAAGAAGGAACCAAAGUUUGUGGACUCUAUUCGUCCAACUGUUGCAAUUGUUAGAGGAUCUUUUGCUAAGGAAGAGAGUUUACCAAAGCUGCCUCACAGACGAACCCCAAACCGUAAGGUCAAAAGGAAAAGAUUGGAAGGCGAAACAACUACAACGGAAACUACAGAGAAAGACGUUGUCGCGAAUGACUCCCCCCCUGUAUGUUCUGCAUCGGGUAUUACAAGGAAUUCCGAUAAUAUGAAGCCGCCAAAGCUGGAGUCCAAGUGCAACUGUAUAAUUAUGUAACUCGGUCACAUCCAAGAUUGAAAUUCCUACAUGCUUGGUUAACCCCGUCAUCAGCAGCGAUGGAGUUCAGCACAAUGGAUCUUCCGCUAGAUUAUUUUGCAAAGGUGCAUUUGCUGUGUUUUAGGUGACAGAAUGCACUGCCAGCUGCUAUUCUUUUGUAAAGUCUUUUCUUCUCUUUUCUGCUUGUAAUGAGGUCCUUGCGGUUUGUCCAAAGUUGUGCUGAUAGCCUAUUUACUUGCAACGCACGUGGCUGCUUGUGAAAGUGAUGGUCGUACUCGUAUA